AAGGAAGUUGUCAAGACAGUGAGUUUGUGUUUAUAAAGGACAUCCCGCCCUCACCAACCGUCAACCAAUCAUGUCAAUGCGGAGCUAUACGGAGCCCUCCACAUUGUCACAACAUUCGAGAGGUCACGGCGAUGUCGUACGGAGAUUGAUUUGGCCUCUGGAGGCUCCGCUAUUGCGUCACACCCGUCAUACGAAGCCUCAGACCACUUUUCGGAUCAAGCAUCUAUUUGCUUUAAAGCCUAUUUUGACAGCAUUGCGUCUCUGUCCAAGCUGUUCACCAAGUGGAUUUACAUAGAGACAAUUAAAAAUAAGUUAGAUUUUUAGUAUUUGUAUAUCUUUUUCUUCUUACAUAGCCUCUUAAAUUAUUUUGAUUCCAUAUCUGAAUAGAUAUAUUUGCAGUCAAAUUAUCUUUAUGAUGCGUGUUUACCAAGUUUUCAACUAUUUGUGAAUUCCUCUGGGCAGCUCACGUGUUACAAAUGUGCGGAUUCGAUACAAAGGACUGCAACAUUUGUUACAAAGUUGCAAUUUAGCUUUUGGAUAGAAACCUCACAGGAAGAGGUCUUGAAGGCGGAUGUAACCUAAUGACCAAUGUCGCGAGCGGUAACGAACGGUUUGCCAAGUCAUUUGUGAUUUGACAAAUGUUCCUCCCAACAUUGUGACAGGCUAGUUGUACUUUCUUUCCUUGAGACGUGCUUUGGAUUUCUCUUCAACAUUCAACGAAUUGGACCAGUAGCCUAAUUACCGGGCAGAAUCCAAGACAUGGGGACUCAGGGCACCGGACGUAAAAGAAAUCCCAAUAAGGACAGGUCGACGGCCGAGGAUGAUGCCCUUAAUCUCAUCGCAAGAGAGGCAGAGGCCAGGCUUGCUCUGAAGAGGGUGGCCAGGGCAGAGGCCAGAGAAAUCCGUAUGAAGGAGCUGGAGAGACAACAGAAAGAGAGCUAUCAGGUUCAGAAGAAAUAUUACGGCUUGGACAGCAAAUUGGACAACAAAUCGGACAAUGUAGACAGUGAAUGGGGACACAUCACGCAAUGGAUGGAGGACAGUGAGAGGUACUCUCGCCCCUCACAGAGACAUACCUUGAUCUCAGACGAUGAUGAGCAGAUGUCGGUGGGCAGCCGAGGCAGUGUGAGGGUGGAAGAUGACCUGGAAAAGGGAUCUCGAGCCGCUUCCACCCUAUCGGCAGCUACCCUCGCCUCGCUCGGCAGGUCUUCCUCCCGGAGAGGAAGUGGCGAAACGUCGAUCACAGGCGACACAGAGACCUCCAUACUAGAGAUCAAGGAGAUUCAUGAGCUGACGGAUCAGAUCCAAGAUGUGGAGUCAAAGUACAUGCAGAGCCUCAAAGAAGUCAAGGAUUCCCUAGUGGAGGUGGAGGAGAAGUACCGCAAGGCCAUGGUGUCCAAUGCCCAGCUGGACAAUGAGAAGAACAACCUGAUGUACCAGGUGGAUACGCUGAAGGACUCGCUCAUGGAGCUGGAAGAGCUGCUGUCCGAAUCACGCCGCGAGUAUGAGGGGAAGACCAAGGACUUUGAGCGUGAGAAACAUGCCCACGGUGUGCUCCAGUUCCAGUUCAACGUGAUGAAAGAAAAGCUAAAACAGAGCGAGGAGUUAUUAACGGAGAUCCAUCAGUUGCGUCUCAAGCAGGACAACUUUGUUAGGGAAAUAUCUGACCUGCAGGAAACAGUAGAGUGGAAAGAUAAAAAGAUUGGGGCCUUAGAGCGGCAAAAGGAGUAUUUGGACGCCAUCCGAAAUGAACGAGAUGAGCUCAGGGAUGAGGUGGUCCAGCUGAAAGAUAUUCUGAAGAAACAUGGAAUUGUCCUUGGACCUGACCUGACCACCAAUGGGGAAAAGGUGAAGGUGGGAACUGAAAGGUCAACUAGUAGAGAUCCAGCUUCUCAAUUGGCUCAGGACUCCCAGACGUCACCCACAGAAGGAGGGAACAUCAUGCUCGGCAGAGCUCAGGAGAUGGAACUGGGAAGUAGAGGAGAUAAGGUGGUGGAUCCAGGAAGGUCAAGGCAGCAAGUGGAGACACAUGAGGCGGUUCAAGAGAACCAUCUGACCUCGCCCACUUCCUGUAGCCUUGCUGGUGUUUCUGAAACCAAAGCAUCUAUGGAGGCUCUGCCAUUCUCGCCCAAAUUGGGGGAUGAGGUUGAGAUUGAAAGCAGUAAUGUCAACAAAGACUCUGACAAUGGCAUACCAGUAGUAGAGGUCAAACAGGGACCGGUUUGUGAUUCUGAGGUAAUUGUGGUUGUAACAGGUCCUGAGGAAGAGGUUACAGGAGAGGGGGAGGGGUACGAACCAGCAGGCAUAGAGGGGACAGGGCAAGGGAGAGUAGAGGCCACAAACAAAUGGGAAAUGGGAAUAAAAAAUGACAAGGUAGAUGAUAUGGAGACCAAAGUCACCAAGAGUAGUGAUCACACCAAAGAGACAUCUUCAAAAGAGCCUACCUCAGAAUAUGGUGCAGUAGUUGAACAACGUAAUAUAGCAUUGAGUAAAGAGGUUUUGAAAAGUAUAUACUCAUGUCCUCAGCCUAGGGAAACCAUCGAGGACACCAUGAAAAAUGGCACACAGAUUAGCCAAGGGACUGACCAUGAUACUAGUAAGAGCCCAAUAAAAUCAAAAGAUAAGUCUCAACCUAAGCCUCAGAAAACGAAAAAAGCUGAAGUGUUACCAGAGACCACUGACAUGCAGCCACAGGCCCAACGAGGCAAGAAGAAGAGGAAGAAAGGCAAGAAGGGAGAGACACAAGGUGAUGAAAAACAGGGAGACGAUAACAAGAAGAGCAAAACAGAAAAGGAUGUGGACUCAAUCUUAACAGAUAAGGAGCCAGUAGCGGAGCUAGUAGAAGGAGUUAUCAUAAUAGAGACACAGCAGCUUCUAGAGGCGGGGACCGGUAGUUCACCGGAUCGAGAACUCCAAAGCCUUAAAGAAAAAGUACAAACCAUAGCUGAGGAGGGAUGGAACCUGAAGGAAGAACAACAACUAGCAGAGGACCGAGUAGAGGUUAAGUGUGAGGAGCCUCCCAUUGAAACCCCAGAAGUAUCUCUGAUUGACCAAGCUAAGAGUGAGGAAGUUGUCAAAAAGAAGAAAACGGAAAAGGACAAACAAAAACCUUCCAUGGAAUCAGAGAAAUCGGAAAGCGAGAAAUCAGUAUUAUGCCAUGUGUGUGACAUUGGUAUCGCUGAUCCUGUUGACCAGCAAUGUAUAACCAAGUGUAUAACCAGUGCUGAUAACCCUAAGGAGAAAUUAGAAUCCACAACAAAUACUGGUACCCAAAAAGACGAGUCAGGGUACACAACCAACCCUGAUAACUUUGUAGACUGCCUGAACUCUUCAGCUGACCCAAAAUGUCCAUUGGACUUGAAAGAGUCCACUGCUGGGAAUUCAAACAAUGUCAAAGAAGAAGAUGCAAUCAAGGUCUCAGUUGAAGAGGCUCAAACAAUCCAAGACACAAAGAAACAGGGAAUUAACUUUCACAGUCCCAUAGUUCUAAGACCGGAGCUCGAGAAGAGCAUGGUACCUGAAGACCUUAUCGCCAAUGAUGGUGUCACUACUCACCCAGACCAUGUUACCGAAAAUGCCAUAAAAGACCUGAAAGCGGCAGGUCAGGAUGAACAAAAUGGGAGCCCAGAUGAGUGUAAAAAUGCACUUGAACAUAAAGACAUUUCGAUAGCACUGCCAGCAAAUGUAGAUAAAUGCACACAUUUAUCAGGAGAGAACUGUGGCACAUCACUCAAUAGCAACUGCCCUGCUGCUGAGACCAUAAGACAGCUUGAACAAUUGGUGGGUCUACCUGGUUGUCCAGUCGCUGACAAGCACUUAGAUGAAAACAACAAGCCAGAAACACUUGAUGGAGAAAAUGCAUCAAAUGGAGGGAUCUCCACAGAGACCGAGCUGAAUGAUACAGAAACACGACUACAGGACCCUGUAGAAGAAACUCCGGAGACAAUUGACUCUUUUAGGGAACAGGGCCACAAUGAAAGCAGACCAUGCACCAUGGUGGCCGAAGCAGAAGAGCAAGAUGAUCCCACUGAGGCCAAUCUGGAGGUUAACAAGGUACCUGGACCCAGUGAGCAGGGGAAUGACGAGGAGGGGAAUGAUGAUAUAGAUGAGGAGGGUCAAUCAUUUGACUUUGACGACCUAGAUUUGGUGGUUUCUGCAAAAGUGUUUCCAGUAAAGUCCCAAGAGGAGGUUAGCCAGGAGGUGAGAAUGAUGAUUGAAGGCGACAAAAUAGAGGUAGAGCCAGGUAGAGAGAUGACAAAUAAGGAAGAGGAGGACGGGGACAAGUCAACAGGCAAACCGCAGGGCACAGUAGAGGGAGUUAGCACAAUAGUGGCAAAGCAGCCACUUGAAGGGGGGUCAGAUGGUGCACCAGAAUAGCUCCGAAGCCCUGAAGAAAAAGCACAAAACAGAGUUGAAGGACAGAAUGCCAAUGAAGAACAACAACUAAUCACAAUACAGGAAGGGAUUAGUGUAAAAUACGAACAGAAAGACAUUGCAGAGGGAGUGUGUGUGACUGUUGAACCACAAUGUGUAGGAGAGAGUAAGAGGCUGCAGAAUUCAACAGAGUUAGAUUAUUUGCCAGUAGAGGAGAGGGAAGAGGCAAUCCAGUAUGGGUCACAGCAGGGUAGAAGAUAGAGUAGGCAAAGUACGGAUUCAGCAGGGGGCGACGAUGAGCAAUCUAGGACGGGCUCGAAAAAGGGCAGCAAGAAAGGAAAAGGCAAGGGGAAAGAGGACUGUCGAAUGGCCUAGUCUUUACGUCUGCCCUCAAUAUAAACAACUGCAAAUAUUUAUGAAAGGAAUUGCAGAGUCUGAACUACUAGAGCCGAAGCACCUUCAAUUCAGAUUUAUUCCAAAGCUAUUAUUAGAUAUAUGUAUGUGGGUAUUUUAGCUAAUUUCGAUUAACCCUUUACACUCGUACCUGUAUACAGGUUGAAAAUGGCAGAUUUGGGCACUAAUAAGCCCCUAAAUUGGGCUGUACAGUAACAUGCGAUACAUGACGUAAGAGCUCUGGCUCUGCGCUUCACAUCACUUUAUGGAACAGCCGUUCAGAACUUGAGCACUGCGCACAACAAUAAUUUCCCCCCAUCCCUGCCGGUAAUUGGGCAACUUUUGCAAAUGUUUGGUUGUCUGAUUGAGGAAAAUGCUCUAAAUUAAGAUGACUCUAUGUAUUUUGAAAGAUGAGACGUUGAGGUUCAUAAUAAAUAACGCUUUGGUAUCAUACAAGCAAGCCAAAUGUGCACUUCAAAUUUCCAAUUCAUAAAACUCAUGUCAUAUACAGUGUCAAUGUUUAUGAUCACUAUGUUUGAUGUAUAGUUACAAGAUAACAUGGUGUCAUACCCUGGGUUGUUCUGAAGAGAAUGAGCUUAUGUUUAUUGUGAAGCAAAUUCGCCGGGGCACAUGCCCCUGAAUUCAGUCAUGACUCCUUUCUACGCGCACCAAAGUUUAUCUGAAUUGCCUUGUGAAAGCCUAAUACUAUAAGAUUGUAUUUUAUAACUUAGCUUGUGUGAUGGCGAGGAUGAAGGGUUGUGUUCCAAAUUAAACAACUAUAAGUGUGAUUGCUCUAGUUCCUCAACGGCACAGCUAGGAGAGCUCAAAAAAGUACCUUGUAGUUGAAGACUCUUCUUUGAGUAAUAAAAGUGUAUUGAAAAUUGCUUAGGAACUGUACACACUUUGGAGAGGUGUGUGUGGCCACUUGGAGACACCAGUUAGUCCUCUCACUCAAACC